UGGCCCCGCGGUCCAGGACCCCUGUUGAUAAAGAGUACGGGCGUUGCGCGCCUUCUCUGUCUUUACACCCAGUUCAUCCAUUUAUAUGUAAAUGAGCCACGUAUACAGCCGCAGAAAGCCCCCCCCCCGGCAAUAACAGCCCAUUCUCUGAAGGAGUCAACUACCGCACGGCCAUCUGUCCCCCACACGGACUCCAGCUAACGGCUUUCUGGAAAACACCCCAGCAGCCUCCUGGCCAAACUUCAACCAUGGCUCCGGUACGCAGCAACACCAGCGGAAUGAAUGGAGGUGACAGCGAAGCACAAUCUGACAGGAAGAUGAGGAAACCUCUCAUGGAAAAGAAAAGAAGAGCUCGCAUUAAUGAAAGCUUACAAGAGCUCAGGAUUCUCAUCGCAGACUCAGACUUACAGUCGAAGAUGGAGAAUGCUGAAGUUUUGGAGGUGACGGUGAAACAUGUAGAAAGCAUCCUGCAGAGCCGAGCACAAGAGGUGGACACUCUGAACAGGGAGGCCAAGGAGCGUUUCGCCGCCGGCUACAUCCAGUGCAUGCACGAUGUGCACACGUUUGUGUCCUGUUGCCCUGGAAUAGACCCCGCCAUUGCAUCUGAGCUGCUGAACCACCUCCUGGAGAGGAUGCCCCUUAAUGACGAGGAGCAUCUUGAUGAAAACAAGCCAGCCUGUAGUAGCGCUCGGCCCCUCCCUGAGAGUAUGUACGCCAGAGUGGUGUCCCCGGUCACUUCCAACACCUCCACUGACGACCUGAGCUCCGACCUGGAUGAGACGGACUCGGAGCAAAACCAAGCUUCCUCCACAGAGGAGGUAGCUAGCCAGCACGCAUCGUCUGGCAUGACUUUCUCAAAGCCAAUGUGGAGACCUUGGUAAAGAACUUUGAAGAGGCUUGUGUAAACUAGUUGAUUAUUGGUUAUUGCUAGAAUGUACCGGAUAGGCUGUAGUUCACUACAAAACAUCCCUGAAUGGGCAACAGUACAAUGUCUCUGACAGUGGUUCUCUUUUUUUUAUUUUUUAUUAUAUACUAUCUUCGUGAUUUCUCCAAGUACCACCAUCUUGAUAGGCUUUUUAACACAGUAAUAGAACAGAACUUGGAUCUUUUGAACUUGCUGGGUUGUGUCAUAGAGACACAAAAUCAUUCUCAAAAUCAUUCAGUCAUUCUCAUUUAUUGGCAAUGCAUGAUUGGUUGAAAAAUGCGUUUUAAAUACAUCCUCCAUUUUUACACAUAAGUUCAAAUUUCUGAGUUUAAAGUUGAAAAAGAAUUAAUUAAUUAAAAGAAAGUUGAAAUCCCCAAUGGUAAAGUCAGUGGGUGCUUACAAUCUCCAACCUCACAAUCCAAUAUGGCUGCCCUGACAUUAAAUUUAGUACAUCUGGCAACUUGUGUAUUAUUAAACUAAGUCACACACAAUGUUGUACAGUCUUUUUUUAAUUAGCAUAUGGCAACGUUUUUAAUGAACAGGUAAUGUGCUUGCAUUUACCUUAUGAACAAUUAUUUCAAGAUUUUCUUUUUGAAAACCACUGUUGUCAGUCCACCUGUCACUAGUCAUACAUGCACCACAGUUUGAGAACCAUAUGUCUAAGGCUAUGACUCUUACACUGUUGCGUUGGUGGUAUUGACGCUCCAUAUAAUUGCACUUCUAUUUAAUUGAAACGCUGACUCACAGAGUACUGUACAAUGUCCAUUUGUGAAUAUUUUCUAUACCAGACUAAUUGCAGUUAGACAUGCAGGAUGAGUCUGGACUUCUAUUGCUAAAACUGGCUAUGGUUGUCAUUUAGCAGAACAGCAGCUAGCACUGGUUUUCUGACAUCCUACCAUAUCAGUACCUAUUAACAUAGCAUUGUGUUCCAAUAAACACUCAAGGAAUCAAGAUCCCUGUCCUGUUCUGUCCUGUUUUAAAAUUAUGUCAUUACUUUAAAAAUUUUUUAAGUCUUCAAAAAAAAAAA